AUGCCGCGCUCUCUCGCAUCCUCCAGCUCAAGCCAGAGCGACAAGACCAAGACCUCGCAGACCUCGCUUUCGGGCAAGUCGGAUGAGUUAGCCCCGGGUGAAGCUCCGGUCUCGCUCAGUGGGAUGCAGCAUCUUGAUCGACAUGGCAAGGUGAUCAGUACGUUUAGCAUCGAAUACUGA